AUGUUCACAAACAUCAAAAACUACUUUGCAUUCAAAGCUUACCAAUCAGAGGUAACAACAUCGACAAAGGGUCUUGACCCAUGGGAAAAAGCGCUGUUUGACUCUUUAAUCUUCGUCAGCAUUACUCUAUUGACGUAUACGGCAUUCGCAACACUUCCAGACCAGGUGCUCUCUGCAAAAUUUGACGAUCUCAAUUCCGUGCAUCUGGUGUAA